AUGUUCUGCUGCACCACCCUCGCCAUCCUGGCCGCUACUAUCGCUGCUGUGCCGGCCACCGCCGCAGACUGCACGCGCGAGUACCUCCAGGCUGCGGCUGACGGCUACGUGGCGGCGCAGCGGGCCGGCGACGCCUCCCUGGCCACGGCGCUGUCGGCGACCGCGUCGGGAUACACCGAGAACUUCAAGCGGCCCGUUGGGAAGCCCAUCUUGUCCCGGCCGCUCGGCGUCGACUUCUCGCGCAGCAUCCUCGACACGACCGCGUGCGCCACCUACACCGAGGUGGUGGUGACGGACCCGGCGCACCCCUACGUCAUCGGGUCCCAGAUCCACUGGGCGGUGGCGCCCAACAACAACAACAACAGCACGGCCGCGACACCGGUAAAGAUCGAGACGCUGGUCACGGACGCGGGCGACUGGCUGUUCAACGCGACGGGCACGCUGCACUACUCGAGCCGCGAGAGCUGGGACCCCAUCCCGGAGGCGCAGCGGGACACGCGCGACGCCAUCCGGGCGGCGGGGGACGCGUACUGCGACCUGUUCAACGACAAGACGGUCAAGGUACCGUGGGGUAUGCCGUGCCAGCGGCUCGAGGGCGGCGUCUACGUCGGCCGCGGGCUGCCGACCGACUCGUGCAACGUGGGGGUGCCCAGCGGCGUCGCCCUCACCAACAGGCGCUACGUCGUCGACGAGGUGCUGGGCACUGUCAGCAUAUUUUUGACCUUUGGCGGGUCGCCCGAUAGCCACCAGUUCCGGCUCGAGAAGGGGAAGCUGCGGUUCGUCCACACAAUCACGGUCACUGGGCGGGACUGA